UGUUUAGUAUUUUCUAGAACCUUAUGUCAAACGGUAUACAAGUUCCAAGCGAGUUCUUUUGACGAACUAAGUUUUUUUCCCACGAGCUGGACUGCUGUGUUUAGUCAAGUGUGACGAAGGUCGAUUUUCAGGUGCUGUGUUUCCAAGUUCGCGGAAGCCGUAAUAUAUUUGAAGUUCAAGUGAGAGUUUGUUACUAUUGGUAGAGGCUGUUUAGUUUUACUCAAAGUUCAAGUCAAGUUUGUGUUGGUGGAUGCUGUGUUUUAAAGCUCUGUAAAGGCUAUAUGUUCCUUUGGUGUUAAACUUCCUUGUGUUAAUCCGACAUCCCUGCGUGCUGAUAGUCAGUGAAUAAUUGUCCUCAAAACAUUCGAACUCGUGACUUUGAGUUUUAGCCAAUUCCAUGCUCAACGUAAUUGACUCCUUACCCAUGCCUUACAUAUCUUUAAUCAGUACAUGAGACUGCUAUGCUGUUUUUGAAGCCUGAUGUGACUAAGAAAAAUAGAGAAUUGUUUUUUAGAAGGAUUUGUAUGGAGUCAUCAGAGCAUAUUAAACUGGGCUAAUAUCGCGGAGACAAUUUGUCCUGAAAUGCUAGUUUUUGGCAAGUAGGCCUCCUGGAUGUUGCUCUUUUCAGAAUAUCCUGACAAAUCCCAUAAUUUCACACCUUACUCUUACCAUAUUUGAUUUCUUACUAUUCCUCCGCAUUUACAAUUAAUUAGUUCCACAACCACGACGCCGAAGUGUACGCUAGCUCCGUAGCGUCUUGUUUACUUUUAUUAGCUUCAUGCUACACAAACAGGGCUAACUGACCCGCUACUGUGGCCUCCUUGGCUUGCGUGCGCAUCUUCAUUACCUUUACCUUAACCAUUGUGUUUCGUGCUUUUUACUAUUUCAAGCUUGCUUUAAAAGCGGAAGUUGUGUAUUCUGAUCUUCCUUAGGGACAGAGAUAAGCUGGAACGCUCAGUAGCACGCGUUCACCUAGGAGCAACCGUUGAUGACUUCAUGUUGUUAGUGUUGGGAAUCGUGUUAGCACAUUGCACUAUGACAACAGAAAAUUACAUCACAAGACAUAUUAGCUUGAAUGAUUCGCACUACUCACAGUUUCAGCGCCAAAUUUUGCGCCUGCUUUGUAACUCCACGGAGCCCUUUUCACUUUUGUAAACAAGCGUUGCCAGUUCUAAGGCACUUAAAACUUUUUAUUAUAUAGAUACUGAUGAAAUGCCAGGAUUUUUCCUUUUACUAAACUCAUAUCUUCAUCGCGCAGUGAAGAUACUAUUUUUAUCUUUCACAUGUGAGGAUAUUGGUGUCGCCAUGGUUACUAACAUCAUUACUAACAUAAUUGUGACUUUUUGGAACAGAAAAUAUAAGUAUUAAUGUCUUUAUUUCUCCUUUAUAACUUUAUAUCCGAGUUUCGUAACGUUUUUGUGACAGGCAUUUUGCGAUAGGUAACCACUUUAAUUGCACUAUUUUGCUGUUUCGUAAAUUAAUUUUAAAAAAGUUGUGUUUUAUGUAGGAAUUUCAUCAGUAUCUAUAAAAUAAACAGAACUUUACAUGGCCGCUUGGGGAUACGAAUUUUAUCUUCUCGUGCUGAAAGUAUCUCUCACGAAUGAGCAAAGCGAACAAGUGAGAGAUAAAAUUCGUAUCCCCAAGCGGCCAUGUAAUGUCCUCUAUUUAAACUAUUAUUCUCUUUUUUCGAAUCACCAUAAUACAAUCUGUUUCCCCCCAAAAUUUUGCAUAAGCCUUUGUUCACAAAUGCGCAUAUUCCAGCAAUAAAUUAUUCAAAUUUUGGUAGGCAAACAUGGUGUAUUAAGGGAGAUGUGCAAAUUGCGAACUGAAAGUCAGACGAAUUAAAAAAAAAAAGAAAUUCACGACCCAGAAUGGAACCCGGUUAAAGUACACGUUGUUGUUGUUGUUGUUGUUAUUAUUUUUAGCUUUCAAGCUAUACGAAAGCCUAUGAUAGUUAGCGUAAAACUGAAGAAAAAACUAUAUUUUAUUGUUUUUCAGAGGACUCAACAUUGGUAUACCUGGAUUUUUAAAGAAGAAGCACAGAGAUCGCUCUGCAACAGCUCCAGGACCACCGGAAUCUGCUUCCACUGCCUGGUACACGAAUGACGGUAAACGAAAUAACCAUUACCAUUUUUGAUAAUAUUUAGAUUUAGCCGACGCUAAAAGCCGAGCUCUCAAGGGAAGUUUUGAGAAAUGUCUUUCUAAAGUGAAGUUUUGUGAGCCUGUGAUCACUUUAAUACCAUAACUGGUCAGCGGAGAACUUAAAAAAAUUUCACCUCAAUGAGUUGUACUUUCGAGCUCGAGAUACAGUUAUGUGGUACUGGUCAGCGAAUACCCUAUUUUGACAGCUGUCAUGUGAUCAUAACAUGAGUGUCCAAUAUCAAGUAAAACAUGAUUUGUGUAUGACUUGGACUUUGAAGCUAAUGGGUAAGACAUUUCACAUUCGCUAACAUAAACGGGUCGACAGACGGACGGACGUGCGGCCGAUUUCGUCAGAACCAAACUUUCGUGGAUGCGUAGUUAACCAAAUUUUCGUACCUAUGGUGCUUCGCUUUGCGCACCCAAAGGCACCAACGUGAGGCUUAGGUUUAGAUUAUCUGUGUCAAUAAAUAUUGCAAAGAAAGACCAAGGAACGACGAGCAACGGGAUUUUCGGUUUUGGCCACGCGCAAAAUGGGACGAGAGUCCCCUUUUUUCACGCGGUCUUUGACUGUCGUUCCUCGUUCUUUGCUCCGAAACUGCACGGAAGCGCUUACUACGCAGGCUAGUACUGAUAUCCGCCGUAAAGUAAUCUUAUGUUGAUCUAAUCUCUUGGUAUUGGAAACUUGUCUUUGUGUUUCAGCUGAAAAGAAGAAAAAAGGCGAUUCACCUAAACAAAGUAGACAGAGGGCAGCUUCGGAGAACAGACCAGACGUAGAAAAGACCCCGCCUGAAAAGAAAAACGAAAAAGAAAAGGUGCCCUCGGUUAAAAAACCGGUAUCCAAAGAAAGAACACCAUCUGAAAAGAAACUGGAAGUUAAGCCAAGUGAAAAGAAGCCGGAAGUAGCGCCCACCGAGAAGAAACCGGAAGUUACGCGAAGUGAAAAGAAGCCGGAAGUAGCGCCUACCGAGAAGAAACCGGAAGUUACGCCAAGUGAAAAGAAGCCGGAAGUAACCCCGAAUGAAAAGAAACCGGAAGUAACCCCGAGUGAAAAGAAACCGGAAGUAACCCCAACUGAAAAGAAACCAGAAGCAAUACCGAGUGAUAAAAAGGAAGAAACUCCAACUGAGAAGAAGGGAGAAGAGACAAUAGGAAGGAGGAUCUCAGAUAAGAAACCGGAAUUGGUAAGACCGCCCAUAAUGGGCGGCAAACCGUUUGCCCUACCGCGUGACAGAGCCACUACAGACUCAACCGUCCGACCUAGUGCUCCUCAUCCACCUGAAACAGCAGCCUCGAGUGAUAAAGGUUCUUCACAGACCACCUCUGACGAGGCCGCCUCGGCACCUGCACCUGCUGUCAAGAAACCGCCCAAAUUUGGAAUUGGAAUUGGAGGAUUAGCGGGAGGAGGACUUUUGGCUGAAAUGAAACAGAGACAAGAGAGAGCGGCCAGCUUAAAAAAAGUGAGUAAAGUCAUUAAGUUUGAUUAGAAAUUGACAAAGCACCGCGACUACAGGUUGAUACACACACACCUAUUAAACCGUGUCAAAGUAUUCAUCCAAGUGAUUGAUCAACCAAGUGGUCCCUAUUUUACUGAACUGUCCGCUUCUAUUCCAGCGCACUGGUCUACUAUAGCUUCUUUACAGCUUGGUAUCAUUAAAAUAUGUCUCAUAACCGUUAUUUCAGUUGUAACAAACAACAAAAAUGAUCUUUGAAAAACUGUUAGGUUAGCAAGUUUUUAAAAACCGCGAUUGCAAUCUGUUUUAAUCUUCUUUUAGUUUUUCCCCCUUCCGUUACCCUUUCCGUUCCUCUUUUCCUAUUUGCUGCGUUAUCUAUACGGUUAUUUUUAUGUUCCACUCAAUUUGGUGGCAACUCUCACUGUUUUCUUUCAGAUAAAUUUCGUGAUACAGCCCCUUUAAGCUGUUUCUUUUGUCUCAUUUUACAGAAUAAAACGCCUGAAAAGCCAGCGGAGACCAAACCAGACGAGAAAGAUACCGGAAGUAAGGGAGCUGACGUGGAAGUAUCCAAGGAAACGUUGGUAAAACCAUCUUCAGUAAAAAGACCCAGGUUACCGUCUGGUACCCCGCCUAAACCCGCUCCAAGGCCAAAGCCUAAACCUGCAGAGAACAAGGAAGAAAAACCGGGAAUCAAACUGGUGAAGAAACCGGAAGAGAAAAAAGUCGAAGAACCCGAAGCAAAAGUAGAGGAGAAAGUGGGACAGAAAAAAGAAGAAGAAAACAAAGAGGAAAAACCGGAAGCGAGUAAGACAAAUGUAGAGGAAGAGAAGAAAGAAGAAGAAAAAGUGACUGAAGUUGAUGGAAAGAAGAAGGCGGUCGCCAAGGAAGAAGAGACAGUAGAAGAGGGAACUAAACCGAAAAUGGGAGGGACGGAAAAGGAGAGAAAGGCAAGUGAAAAAGAAUCUGAACAACUUAAACAGGAAAAAGAGGCCGAGACGAAGGACGUAACAUCCAUAGGGGACAAAGUAGAAACGCAAAAAUCCGAGACAAUAGAUAAAGGAGUGAUUGGAACCAAGCGGACGGGUACUUUGGACGACAUCUGGGUCCAAAAGGAGUCGGGAAAACAAGCUCUCAGACCUGGUGGUCGAUCCAACUCGCUUAAGGUGCAGCGAACUACCUCGAUCGAAAAAACGGCUGCCCUAUCAGCUACUUUGCCCAAACCCUGGUCACCAGGGCAGGGUCCGUCCAGUUUGUUGACGAGAAAGCUCAGCUGGGAACCGCCUGCAGUCGGUGAUGAAGAGUUUGUUAGGAAGGAGAAAGACCGAAGUGGGAACAGAGGGGAAGAGACUAUUCAAGAGGUCGCUGAGGAGCAGAGUAAUAAAACGUAG